AUGGCAACGAGUGUGUGUUCUCAGACCGUUCCACCAAGGCAGCUGUCCAGCCAGGAUGCUGACGCACUUCGCUCGCGAAACAGUAAGAAGAUUGCAUUCGUGGACCAGGCCAUCAGCCGGGGGGAAGCGCUGGGCAGCCUCGGCAAACUGGAUGCUGCAGUGUGGGAGGAAGCCUUGAACAAGCACCGGCUCCAAGCAGCUCGGGUUGGCAUUGCCAUCCGCCCGCAGACUUUCAGCAAGCCUGACAGAGGGGCUGAGGAGGUGGCCGAAGAGCAAUCUUCGACUGCAAGCCCUGACCAGAAAGCAGAUCUGACGCCCUUGAAAAGAAUGUAUGUCCGAACCGAGAAGGGUGUGCGGGGUGUCUUCGAAAUUUGCUUGGUGCCGGAGGAGAACUCCAUAGAGGGUUACCGGUGCAUCUGGCGAUGCUCGGAUGUUUGGGAGCUUCAACGCAAAGGCGUGAGCUUCAAGCGGACGAUGUGGCAAAAUCGUGGGGCCUAG